UUUAUUCGUUGAAACUUCGAUUACAAGGUGGAGCGAAUAUCUUUGUGUAGCUGUCAUCAGGGUUUGUAGUCGUCACCCUGACGUCAUAGUCAUCCAUAGCCGUCAUGAAGCUUGGUCGCAGCCCCCCGGAAGAAUUUCGCCAGCUAGAAACUCCUUCCAUCACGGCAUGACAGCAACUCCCACAGAAAGCGGUUUUCACUUAAAAGCCCGUUUCACCAUCGGUUGCUCAUAAUCGAGAAGCGGCGUGAACAACUGACCUCGCAGCAAGUCCCGACAAGAAGACAGCACUAAGCUUGCCGAUCCAUUGUCCACGGAGGAAUUGCGAAUCUGACUUGCGGCUGCAUCUUGCUUUUUUAAGACGCUCCAGAUGUUCCAGAUAAAGAGAAUCUGUUGUAUAGGUGCUGGCUACGUGGGCGGCCCAACAUGCAGCGUCAUCGCCCACAUGUGUCCUGAGAUCAGAGUCACAGUAGUAGACGUCAACGAGUCCAGAAUAAAAGCCUGGAACUCGGACACGCUGCCCAUAUAUGAGCCUGGCCUGAAGGAGGUGGUGGAUUCCUGCAGAGGAAGGAACCUCUUCUUCUCCACAGAUAUUGACUCUGCAAUUAAAGAUGCAGACCUUGUCUUCAUUUCUGUGAACACCCCCACUAAGACGUACGGGAUGGGGAAAGGCCGAGCUGCAGACCUGAAGUUCAUCGAGGCGUGCGCGCGGCGAAUCGUGGAGGUGUCCGACGGCUACAAGAUUGUCACAGAGAAGAGCACCGUGCCGGUCAGGGCUGCAGAGAGCAUCCGCAGAAUCUUCGAUGCCAACACCAAGCCCAGUCUCAACCUGCAGGUGCUGUCCAACCCAGAGUUCCUCGCGGAGGGGACGGCCGUGCGGGACCUGAAGGAGCCGGACCGCGUCCUGAUUGGUGGGGACGAGACGCCGGAGGGCCAGCGCGCCAUCCAGGCCCUGAGCGCCGUCUACGAGCGCUGGGUCCCCAAAGCGCGCAUCAUCACCACCAACACCUGGUCCUCGGAGCUCUCCAAACUGGCGGCCAAUGCCUUCCUGGCUCAGCGCAUCAGCAGUAUUAACUCCAUCAGCGCCCUGUGCGAGGCCACGGGGGCGGACGUGGAGGAGGUGGCCCGCGCCAUCGGCAUGGACCAGCGCAUCGGCAGCAAGUUCCUCAAGGCCAGCGUCGGGUUUGGCGGCAGCUGUUUCCAGAAGGACGUGCUUAACCUUGUGUACCUGUGUGAGGCUCUCAACCUCCCAGAGGUGGCCUCCUAUUGGCAGCAGGUCAUCGACAUGAAUGAGUAUCAGAGGCGGCGCUUUGCCUGUCGGAUCAUCGACUGCCUGUUCAACACCGUGACGGGGAAGAAGAUCGCCCUGCUGGGCUUCUCCUUCAAGAAGGACACAGGAGACACCCGUGAGUCAUCCAGCAUCUACAUCUCCAAGUAUCUGAUGGAUGAAGGGGCGAAGCUGCACAUCUAUGACCCCAAGGUGCUAAAAGAACAGAUCAUCCAGGACCUAUCUCAGCCCAGCAUCUCAGAAGACAACCCAGAGAGAGUGUCUGAGCUGGUGACGGUCACCAAGGACCCUUACGAGGCGUGUGAGGGGGCCCACGCCCUCGUCAUCUGCACGGAGUGGGACAUGUUCAAGGAGCUGGACUAUGAAAGGAUCUACUACCAGAUGCUGAAGCCUGCCUUCAUCUUCGAUGGCAGACGAGUGCUGGACCACCUCCACCCCAGACUGCAGAGCAUAGGCUUCCAGAUUGAGACCAUCGGCAAGAAAGUGACGACGUCCCGCAUCCCCUUCACCCCCCCAGCUGGAGUACCCCGAAUCAGCCUCACCGAGCCCCCGACCAAAAAGGCCAAAGUCUGAACCACCCCCCA